UAGAACGGAUGCACACAGAAUAAAAUCGAGCUACACGCCUCUUCUUUUUCCUCCGGCAGGUUAUGCUCCGGAGUACGUAAUCCAGAUCCAAAAUUCCAACUUCUGCUACUUCUUCUUCACAGCCUACAGCUCUUCGCCAUCCAAGCUUACAAUUCCUCAUCAAACCCUGCAUAUUAAUUCUGAAACCUUUCUCCCAUCGUCAUGGGCGGAUGCGUUGCUGUUGCCAGAGCAGUGGAUCCGAUGGAGACGAUGAGCGAGGCGCCUCCAGCUUCAGGUCCAAGGCCGCCCAGGUGCGUUGCUUUCCAAUCAUCAGAACCCAGCGGCAAGUACCUGUGCUACGCGCGCCAAGGCAAGGGGGCUGCCGCCGAUGGGUUGUUCCAGCUAGACGGCGAGGACGUCACCAGCCCUCACACGAGGUUCUUCAUGGAGCCGUCCAAGGCGCACCCCGGGCUCCUGCACGUCAGGUGCUGCUACGACAACAAGUACUGGGCGGCGAACCAACUGCACGAUGGCGAGGACGACGGCGGCUGGAUCGUCGGAGCCGCCGACGAAGCGGAGGAAGACUUGUCCAAAACGACGUGCACGCUGUUUAAGACCACGCCCGGCGACCGUAGCUCCGGCUAUAUCAGGUUUGUACAUGCUCAGCUCCAGAUGUACGCGUGCGUGUCCAAGGAGAAUCUCCAUUUCUCCUUGGAGAAAGGAGAUGAAGAUUUGGGCGGUGGAUACAUCGUCCACGAUCUGUCGCAGCAGGUGGUCUUGCCUAGAUACCUUGCUUUCAAAGGUGACAACGGCAUGUACCUCUGCCCGCAGAUCAUCGAGCGCCAUGAAUACCUUCAGUUCUCAGCACGGGGCGUGGAUCAAGCCUUGGUCAACCGCGUCCACAGCAACCAGGACGGAACGUGCCGUAUAUGGUCGAACCACUUCGGCAGAUUCUGGCGGCGCAGCCCCAACUGGAUCUUCUGCGACUCCCCCGACGGCGCCACAAGCGGCGACGGCGUCGACGUCGACACGCUGUUCCGGGCAGUCAGUUUCGGCAGCUUCGUGGCGCUCCAGAGCCUCGGCAACAACUGGUACUGCAACAGGCUGACCACCGAAGGCAAGAAGAGCUGCCUCAACGCCGGGGCCCCAACCAUCACGGCGGAGGCAAGAUUACGGCUGGAAGAAGCCGUUGCUUCCCGUGAGAUUUACGACGUCGUCUUCGACCUCUCGCGGCCUAGAGUCCACGGGAAGACCCGCGUCGUCGGCAUGGCGGCUGCCUCUGCUCUCAACGACGCCGCCUCCGGCGACACGGCUCAACUCAGGCUAGAGUGCAGAGACACGGAGAAAAGGACCUGGGGUUCAAGUGUUACGGUGAACCUUGGUGUCGGGGCGAAGAUCCAUGCUGGCGUUCCGCGGAUCACCGCCGGUGGGAAUGUGGAGGUUACAGACGAGUUUAGUGGACCGUACAGCUGGGGAUCAUCCAUGGAGAAAGAAACAACCAAGGAUGUCGCCUACCAAGUCACCGUGCCCCCAAAGACUAGGGUAACGGUGUCCAUGGUGGCAACAAGAGCGUCCUGUGACGUUCCCUUCUCCUACAAGCAGAGGGACACACUGUUGGAUGGACAUCAAGUGACUCAUGAUAUGAACGAUGGCCUCUACAGUGGUCAAAAUUGCUUCGAUUUUGAGUUUGUAAUAACCAGCGAGGAAAAUAUCUAAUGUCAGUCUUAA